CCCGGCAUGCUCCGCGCCCGCCGGCGGCCGAGCGCAGACGAGACGGAUAUUCCCCGUGAGCAGUCGCUGGUCAGUUCAGCCGCUAUCCAGACCUGGGUCGGCGAGAGUGCCGCCACCAGCUGUUCUCCUACCGCUCUGCCGUUAUUCUGAACGCCCCCAGCCCUCCCGCGAGGGCGCCCCGGGACGGAAGGAUCCAGCAGCCUGUCGGCGCCCGCCGUUCUCGUGGUCGCCGUCGCCGUCGUAGUUGUGGUAGUCUCUGCCGUAGCCUGGGCCAUGGCCAAUUACAUCCACGUCCCGCCCGGCUCCCCGGAGGUCCCCAAGCUGGACGUCACGGUGCAGGAUCAGGAGGAGCAGCGCUGCCGGGAGGGGGCCCUGAGCCUCCUGCGACACCUGCGGCCGCACUGGGACCCUCAGGAGGUGACCCUGCAGCUUUUCACAGAUGGAAUCACAAACAAACUUAUUGGCUGUUACGUGGGUAAUACAAUGGAGGAUGUAGUCCUGGUGCGAAUUUAUGGCAAUAAGACUGAGUUGUUAGUUGAUCGAGAUGAGGAAGUGAAGAGUUUCCGAGUGUUGCAGGCUCACGGCUGUGCACCACAACUCUACUGUACCUUCAAUAAUGGACUGUGCUAUGAAUUUAUACAGGGAGAAGCAUUGGAUCCAAAGCAUGUCUGCAACCCUGCCAUUUUCAGGCUUAUAGCACGUCAGCUUGCUAAAAUCCAUGCUAUUCAUGCACACAAUGGCUGGAUUCCCAAAUCUAACCUAUGGCUAAAGAUGGGAAAAUAUUUCUCUCUCAUUCCCACAGGAUUUGCAGAUGAAGAUAUUAAUAAAAGGUUCCUAAGUGAUAUCCCAAGCUCUCAGAUUCUUCAGGAAGAAAUGACUUGGAUGAAGAAGAUUCUUUCUAACCUGGGCUCACCUGUUGUGCUUUGCCAUAAUGAUCUGUUGUGUAAGAAUAUAAUCUACAAUGAGAAACAAGGUGAUGUACAGUUCAUUGAUUAUGAAUAUUCUGGAUACAACUACCUGGCAUAUGAUAUUGGAAAUCAUUUCAAUGAAUUUGCAGGUGUGAGUGAUGUAGACUAUAGUCUUUAUCCAGAUAGAGAACUGCAAGGCCAGUGGCUGCGUUCUUACCUUGAAGCGUACAAAGAAUAUAAGGGUUUUGGGUCUGAAGUUACUGAAAAGGAAGUAGAAAUACUCUUCAUUCAAGUCAAUCAGUUUGCAUUGGCUUCACAUUUCUUUUGGGGAUUGUGGGCUUUGAUUCAAGCCAAAUACUCCACUAUUGAGUUUGAUUUCCUUGGGUAUGCAAUUGUUCGUUUUAACCAAUACUUUAAGAUGAAGCCUGAGGUUACUGCAUUAAAGGUGCCUGAGUAAAGAAGACAUUUAAUUAUUCUUAAGUAGCUGAACAAUGCUUGUGGAUAUUUUAAGAAAUUCCAAAAAGCCAAUAUAUGUUAAAAUUCUUUUAAUUUGGUUAUCUUGCUUUACAAAUUAUGCUUCUAAACAACCAAUUUAUUUUUUAAAUAGAAUGAUGUUAAGAAAUACACCUACUGCUCUCAGUAUGUGGUGGGUUAGAAGUUUGUUAAAUCAGCAAAAAGGUAUAAAGAUGUCAGUUUAAUCCUUUGAUAAUUUAAUCUAUGUUAUAUGUUAAUUAUUUAUUAUAAAUUUAACAUGAAUUCUGUGACUGUUUUCAUCUGUUUCAUCUGUUUGUUGAGUGUAAGCAACAAAAAUUUUCCAGAGAAAAUUUUCUUUUAAGUUUUACUUUAAUAACAUUAAUUUUAGUAAACAUUUUAGGUGUUUAGUGUAACCUUUUUAUUUUGACACACUGUUAGUUAAAUGAAUCAUUUACUCUUGGAAUGCCAGACACUGGUUUAGAUAAAUUAAGAUGUUCAUAGAAAAAUAUCUGUUUAGGAGAGUGAAGUACAUUCACUGUCUAUGCUAGUGGUACAUCUUUCUGGAGUACUGGAAAGCAUUUUUUUGGGGGGAACAUCUUAGAAUUAAAUUCCCCUCUUGCUACAUAGUCUGGCAGUAUAAAUAUUAAUAUUUACCAUAUAAUCCUGGAAUAGAUAUAUGAUGAUUUUAUGUUACCAAAAUCUGUAUUAAAUAAUGUUUUCACAUACUAUAUAUGGUCAUUUAAGUUACAGUUUGUUUUUAAAAUUUUACUAUAUCAAAUUGUUUCUAACCAAAAAUUUUGUUUUACUUAUUGAGAUGUUGUAUAUUUUGUUUGUUAUUAAAUAGUAGCUAGUACAGCAAUUGUUAAUUUUUGAAACAAAGACAGAAUGCUUAUCAUACUUGGGAACAAGAAAAUGUCAUUUAGUUUAAUUCUUUUUUACUUCUUCAGAUUCAUUCCUUACAGUGUGGUUUUAAUGUUUUAGUCUGGCUCCAUGUCUUUAGAAUGAUAGCAAAUGAUUACUUGAUAAAUGUAUCAAUAGUUUCAGAGAAAUAAGUUGAGAUGGUUAAAAGAAUUAAAUAAGGAACCUUUAGAACAUGAAUCUUGUACACUUAAAAUCUGAUAUAACAAUGUGAAUUAAGCAAAAAUACUCCUGGUAGGAGGGCUUCUGUUUGGUUUGAUUUCUUUUGAUUUUGUUUGUUUGUUUUUGUCUGUUUGAGAGUGAGAGGAUGGCAGUUAUUAUUUGGAAGGAACUUAGAUCUUUGAGAUAGAUAAGCAAGCAUCCAGUUUUGAAGACUGCUGUGUAGAGUUGAGCAGUCAUGGUUAACUUUACUUAGAAAAUGAGUCUGACAAGCUUUGCACUUUGGUCACAUAAGUGCCCAUGUACAAAGUUGGCUUAAUGGAUCUGCAUAUUCAGAAUAUGCAACUACAAAUUAAUCCUCUGAGAAAUCUUCUGGGGAGUCUGAUGUAUUAUUCCAAGUGACUUGUAUUCUCAGAUAAGUGCUUUAAAAUACUUGGAUUAUCUCAAGAUGUUUAAAGCUAAUAAAGUAAGUAGAAACACUUACAGGCCAUUUAAAAUGGUAAAUUCUAGUUACAUGAAUAGAAUCUUAAAAUCUGUUUUGUGUCUAUAUUAACAGUGUUAGACCAAGAUUUGUUUUCUACCUCCCCAAUGUUACAAAUGUUCACUUCUGUUUUUAUAAACCAUAUUACUGUAGGAUCAAUAGAAUUUUACCUAAUUAACUAAAUGAAAGGAACCAAUUAAACAAUGAAUAGCUUUUUAUAUAAUGUUAGAGUGAACUUGAAAAAUUGUUUUUGGUGGAAUUUCAUCUGGGGCUGGAACAUUUUCUUAGAACAAUGAAGAAUAUGUAGUACUCUUGCUUUCCGACUUCUUAAAAGUGCAGAUAUAUCUUGGAGAACUGUGGGAAGAGAGAAGAUCAUUUUUCUACCUUACUCCAUAUUCUUCAAACUAUUUUGAAUAGAGAUUCACUGAGCCAUUGCUGGUAGAUUGUGCCUAGCUGCUAGCUGUGAUACUCUUGUAAGUGGUUCAGAGAGAUUCAUAUAGAAGUGAAUGUAAAGGGGAAUAAAGGCUCUCAUUUUAGCCCUAGGCAAUGAAUCUUGGGAACAAAAUAAGCUAUUUAAGAUAUUUCCCCCACUUUUAGGCUAGAUUUUGGGUAUUAUGAUGUUCCCACUUCCUGUACAGGUUUUUGGGAUCAUGCUUCAGCCUAAUAAUAGGGUUCAAAAUUUGCUUCCCUUUUAAUUGAUCAUUUAAGGGAUUCUAAAGGGAAAACAUCCCUCUAAAAUUUGUCCUGUGGCUUGCUGAGAUGUCUUUUGCCUUUUUAUGUUAAGCUAAGGAACUUGAAUGCCUUACCUAAUAACUCAACUGAUAGUAAGCUCAUUUUGUAAAUAUGAAAAUGGUUGUUAGAGAAGUGGCAUUCAUGUAUACUCAGUGUUAGUCAAUAGACCAUAGUGGCCUGGAUGCUUUAGCAAGCAAAAUUCCACAGUUUGUUUUCCCUUUGUUCCUUACAUACUUGUAUGAUCUUAACUGACCAGUAAUACUUGAUUUUUUCCCCUCCUGACCCCAUGCUACCACCACUUUCUGGGAAUUAAAGAGAUGUGGUAGUAAAUCAUACUGUUCACAUGAUCAUUUGAGAUCAAUAUGAGCACAAAACUCAUCAACUAGGUCUGCCUGGAAUGUAUAUAAAACAUUGUAAAUAAAAAUUUGUAAAUUAGUGUGACUUGUAGGUUGCAUAUGAGAUUGUGUAUUGUUUUGCAUUCUUUUCCCUUUUGUAGACAUUUUUCUGUAAGGUCAUGAUCCAGCUCUUUGGUUUUAGACUGGAAAUAGCCAACAAAUCGGGCUGCACAGUGGGAUAACAAGAGGAACUGGAAAUAGGGUUUGUCAGUUUUUGUUAAUGUCAGUACUUAUUUAUUUAGCCUCUCAGUGCCUAAUAUGACUUUUUUUCAAACUUUAGUUGACCACUAGUUUUUGGAGGUUAGAUUCCUGCAAGCAGUAAAUUAAUACAUUGUUAGAAUUCCAUUAUUUGAGUCAUGACUCUAAGCUAAAGCAAAUUAAAAAUAUAAUUUUAUGAUUGCAGACUGAAGUGUUAUCCUUUUCUGUUUUCAAGGCUGUUAACCUUUUUCUACAAAAAAAACCUUUGAGUCUUUAUAUAUCUCAGUGUGAAUCUUAAGUCCCACAUAUACAAGGGAGAUGAUAAGUAAUAGCUCCUAGUUCAACUUAAGCAUGUCUCAGUUGGCUUCUCUAAGUAUAAAGUUGUUCAUUAUGGGAUUGUAAAACACAGAAAAGGUAUGUGCUCUUUUAAUGACUGCUAAUUCCAUUUUUGCUGAACUAAAAAUAUUUAACUUCAUAAAUAUAUUUAUUAUGAAACCUUCCAGAUUUAAAGGAAAAAUUCCCCCCAAACACUCUCAAUUAAGUUAAAAACCUCCACUUUUAAAGUUAUAUGGAUAUUUCUUUUUUACAUUACACAAAGCUUUCUGUACCAUUUUUGAAUUCCUUCAUAAUGUAAAUGAGAAAACUAUCAGUUUGAUUUCUGCUUUAAAUUGCUUUUAAUAAGCAUUUUAUACUGCAUUCCAAAGUGAUAUAGACUUAAGCUUUUAAUAUUAGUCAUUCAAUUGAUAGACAAAGUUAACAAUGCUUUAUGCUAGGAGAGUUUUGUUAUUGGCAGCAACUUGCACUACUUUACACAAAAGGCAAAUGCUAGUAGUUUUUAUGCACAAAGGAAAGUGAAUUAUAAGUAUGUGGUAAAGCAGCUUUAUCUUUAUUUCAAAAUUGAUUUGCUCUGAAUUUUCUUCAUUAGAUUUUUAGAAUGUCUUUGACUGGAAACUUAAUUACAUAUUAAGGCAAUCUCUUUUGUUUUUGUUUCUUUUUUAAACGAAAGACAUUAGUUAUAUGGAACCACCUUUUUUUUCUGCUACAUACCACUUGUGAGAUUACAGUGUUAUGUCUUGGGUUUGAUGUCUUCAGACAGAAAAGUGUAACGAUUAUUUUAAAUGAAUUUUUCCCCAUCUUUGAAGUUUAGUCCAUAAAUGUAUUGCUAUAAAAGAAAAUGCUUGAGUUUGCAUUACUUGAAUACUUGAAAACUGAAAUUAAUAAGAUAUAUUACACAAUGAAUUAGACUUUUCUGAACAGUUUUUAACACUAAAAUUUUCCUUUCUGGAUCAUAAUUUGAAAUGGACAGAUUUAAACUCUUUGGAUAGAAAAAAUAAUAUAGUGCUUAUAGAAAAUACCCUUUUGACUUUGAGGCAUUCAGAAUUCAAGUUUUUAGUAGGUUUCUGUCCUGAAAUCUGCUUUCUCUUCUUUCCUAUACUUAAUGCACUUACUAUGCUACUGAUGUUAUCAAACAGCAAGUUAAAAUCUGUGUUCGUUAUGCAUCCUAUGGCUUUCUAGUUACGAAAAAAUUGCUCUGUAAAAUACUCUUAAUCCCUAAAUGUAGGCAUAUUUUUGUCUACACCUUGCCCAUUAAUGGUAUUAAUACCAUAAAUCAUUUUAACAAAACACAAGGUGUUUAUACAAAUUGAAAACAUUACAUGUUACAUUUGAACUAGUUAGUGAAGGGUAAGAAAAAGGUGGCUGAUUUGAAUUGUUCCAUUAGUUAAAUUUCAAAAGGAACUUUGAGAGAUUAAGACCUGAUAGUAUCUGUGUAAACUAGCUCCUGUGAACUGGGAAAGACCCCCAAAGCAGUGGAGGAAAUGAGAGCACUUGCAUGGUUGUACUGUGGUGCUACUUAAAUUAUGUAGUGACACCGUGUAAUUUUUAUUGUUCAACAAUCUGAAGAAGUUUCCUGUUACUUACAUGUACUAAAGUAAUUAUAAAUUGGUAGAAUCUGCAAAAAGGAAACUUUUAAACUCUACUGUAUUUAGGAGCCUUUGUGUAGCUGGGUGAAGUUUCCAUGAUUUGAAGUAUUUGGAUUUUAAAAUAUACCAUUAUUUUAAGAAAGAAGACCUGGCAUUAUUACAUAUUCUUAAAUGACAAUGUCCUUAUCAGUUUCAGAAGAAAAAACCAAAAUGAAUAAUUGUCAUUGCAUUAGCUGUAUGUUGAAUUGGGAAAUUGUGACAUAAAGGUUAAAUUUAUGUUUCUCAAAUGUGAACCAUAGUAGUAUAAUGCUGCUCUGUAAAUACUGUAAGUGCUACAAAUAGUCUCAGCACUGAAAAUGUAUUGAUACCUCUCAAAUGAAUGCAACGUUUGAUGUAGGUGUUUUGAUAUGCCUCAGAAAGUAUCUGAGUGUCUGGGAACUUGUUAAUCUGUUUGGUAAUGAAGAUACUUCCUGUUUUUUGUUGCUUCUUUUCAUGUUUAAAAUUUAAUUUUUACAUUUUUACUACUGUUAAUUUAAGUAAAAUUUGUUCUCUGGUUAAAAUGGGGUUACCAGUGAAGAAAAUUAAAAACAGCCUCAUUCAUGUAACUGCUUAAAUAAAAAUGCAGUUUUGCUAUGUGUUCAUAAACUUUUAAUGAAUCUGUAUUUCUGUUUAAAUAUAAGUGAUGUUUAGGCUUUAUUUCUGUUUAAUAAGGCCUUUUAUCAUUGAUUAAAUAAAGGAAUGUAUCUUUUUGAAGAGAUUUAUAUUCUGUAAAUAAAAAUUGGUUGUAACAAUAAAGUUGAGUUCUAACUGCUUGU